CCCUGGAGUGUCCAGAGCUCGGAGCUGAUGUAGGCCCGCGGGAGCGAACCUCAGUGCCCAGAGGAGGCGCGUUGCCACUGUCGCCGAAGUAACUGCGACCAGCAGCCCAAGCCAACAGAGGCAGGAAGUCUGAGGGCACAGUAGGUAAGCACUUGACUGCUGACUGCUGAGAGGCUGGUGAACCUUGAAGAAAGAGCGGAGAGUCUGCUCCCAGAGAUGACUGCCUUUUACUCUGCCCUCUAGGAUACUGUAAGACCAUGAAUUAUGACAUUUCUAAAAUGAAACAAUCAUGAAGUGAGAAAAAAAAUCAAAAUCUAGAAAAUAAGUGAUUUUUAAGUUAUGUCUAUUAGUUUGACGAUCGAUAUAUAUAUUUACCUCCUUAGUAAUGCAAGAGGCCUUUGUGGGAAGCAGAGAAACAAACCCCUUCACUUCUUGUGCUCACCUCAGUCUCACUGGAGGGUAAGCCCCAGCAGUCCGCAAAGAGAUUUUCAUGGGAGCCGAAUAAGAUGUAGAUGGGCUCCCGGUGAAGCGCAUUCUGGCAACACCCAAGGCUGCCGUCCAAGCCAGCAGGGCCUACGCGUUGGAAUCUUGAAACUUAGCACCUCUGCUCCUAAGGGACUUACGAAAGUGAGCAUUCGUAUAUCCCGUAUUAAAAGCACGCUACACUCUGUUUCAAAGGCUGUUUUGGGCAGUCAGAAUGAAAUGAUUUCACGUUUAGCUCAACUUAGGCCAAGUUCUGGAAUCUUCAGAAAAGUCUCGGGGAGUGGCUGGUUAAAACAGAGAAGCCUGAAACAAGCCAUCCAAACGCUGACAAAGCACAGUGGCACCUCGGCCCCAAAGAGCUCGCUUCCUGCAGAAAGAAGCCCCGCGGCGGGGGAGGACGAGGAGACGCACAAGGCCGGUCUGUUUGCGUACACAGGGAGCAUCAGCACCAAGGUGGAGGAGUCCUUCGCCUUUUGGUCCAACCACAUUAACGCGUACUUCCAGGCUAAGAGGAAAAUGGCCCAAACAAAGGAAAAGGACCGUUGUCAAGAUAGCGCCGAACUCAAAGACAAAUCCGUUCAAGCGGACGGGAAAUCCACUUCUUCCGAUCCAGGCCCGGGGACCGGGGACAAGCCAGCCGCAGAGCCCUCUUCAGACGCUGCAAGUCCUAGCGGGACACCUGGAGUCGGUCCCGUUUCCACGAAACAAAGCUUUGCCAACUUUCUUUCUCGUCCAACUGGAGGCGUACAAGCUUUAGUAGGUGGUUACAUCGGGGUCCUGGUCCCCAAACUAAAGCCUGACCCCAAAACUCCGACAGAAGAAAAAGAGACCCCAAAAGCUGAGGUGCCUACCAGUAAAGACACAGCUGCUGAGGAGAAAAAGCGCUUAUCCAUUCAGCGAGAAAAGAUUAUUGCACGAGUGAGCAUUGAUAACAGAACCCGGGCAUUAGUUCAAGCAUUAAGAAGAACAACGGAUCCGAAGCUCUGUAUUAGUCGGGUGGAAGAACUGACUUUUCAUCUCCUAGAAUACCCGGAAGGAAAAGGACUGGCAGUCAAGGAAAGACUUAUUCCAUAUUUGCUACGAAUUCGACAAAUCAAGGACGAAACGCUGCAGGCUGUCGUUAGAGAAAUCUUGGCAUUGAUGGGCUACGUGGACCCCGUGAAAGGGAGAGGGAUCCGCAUCCUCACUAUUGAUGGCGGAGGAACAAGAGGUGUGGUUACUAUUCAGACACUUCGAAAACUAGUUGAACUUACUCAGAAGCCAAUUCAUCAGCUCUUUGAUUACAUUUGUGGUGUAAGCACAGGGGCUGUGUUAGCCUUCAUGUUGGGCUUGUUUCAGAUGGACCUGGAUGAAUGUGAGGAGCUCUAUCGAAAAUUAGGAUCAGAUGUGUUUUCACAAAACGUCAUUGUCGGGACCGUUAAAAUGAGCUGGAGUCAUGCAUUUUAUGACAGUAAAACAUGGGAGAAGAUUCUUAAGGAUAAAAUGGGAUCUGCACUAAUGAUUGAAACGGCAAGAAAUCCCACAUGUCCUAAGGUAGCCGCUGUGAGCACCGUUGUCAACAAGGGAGUCACGCCCAAAGCAUUUGUGUUCCGCAACUACGGGCACUUCCCCGGGACCAACUCACACUACCUGGGAGGCUGUCAGUAUAAACUGUGGCAGGCCAUCCGAGCUUCCUCCGCCGCUCCGGGCUACUUUGCCGAGUAUGCGCUGGGGAAUGAUCUUCAUCAUGAUGGAGGCUUGCUGCUGAACAACCCUUCAGCCUUAGCAAUGCAUGAGUGCAAAUGUCUUUGGCCGGACGUCCCAUUAGAGUGCAUAGUGUCCUUGGGCACCGGACGCUAUGAGAGUGACGUGAAAAACACGACGAUGCACACAAGCUUGAAAACCAAACUUGCGCAUGUCAUCAACAGUGCAACAGACACAGAAGAAGUCCAUAUAAUGCUUGAUGGUCUUUUACCUUCUGACACUUACUUUCGGUUCAACCCUGUCAUGUGUGAAAACAUACCUCUAGAUGAAAGUCGGAACGAAAAGCUGGAUCAGCUGCAGUUGGAGGGCUUGAAGUACAUAGAAAGAAAUGAAGAAAAAAUGAGAAAAGCUGCAAAAAUAUUAAGUCGAGAAAAAACAACUCUACAGAAAAUUAACGAUUGGAUAAAACUGAAAUCUGACAUGUAUGAAGGUCUUCCAUUCUUUUCAAAAUUGUGACAAGUUUAUGCCUGUGCUUUCAAAAAUGAAAACGUGCUCAGUAAGAAACUGUGGGAUUCGGCAUGAGUUAACUCUGAGAUACUUAUGAAUCGUGGGGAAUCCCUGGACCAGCUUCCACAGUAGGGUAUGUGGUUACAGCAUUCAUAUGGGAAUUAGAUUGUCAUGAUAUUAAUUAUUACCUUAGCUUUAGGAAUAUUACUAUUGUUUUUUGUUUGUUUUAGAAAUAUUACUGUUGUGCGACUAGGGUUUAGUGGAUAUUGGUGUUCUAUUGUUUAAUGUUUGAAAAUUUCUUAAUAUAUUGUGCUAAACUGUAAAAUGAAAAUUUAUCAUAUUAUAUUUUACCAUAAUCAUGUUAAAUUCAUUUGAUCAUUGAUUUCUUUUCUUGUGGAAAAAAUAUCUUCUUAAAUGGACAUUACUGGUGGUUCACUAGCGACAUUUUGCAGUUCAUGUGCUGCUACCUACUCCCCUCAUCUACAAAGAUAUAGAAAAAUGGAAUUUCCUACCAGAGCAGUUUGACAUUUGGAAUAUGAAAGAACCAGAUACCGUUUUCUAUUCAAAAUUUGCUCUUGUCAACUUACUUGGUUUAAACACAAAAAGUGACGUUGCAGUUCAAACACUUCUCCGGGACUUUCAAGAUUAUGUUGCAUGUUAACUCUCCUAGCUCUGCCUACUCACUCACUGCUACAAAACUGUUUGCACAAGCCAAGGAAAUCUUCAUUAUGUACAACGUUAACAGAAGUAAAAUAUUGAAGCAAUCUUG